AUGAAACGUCAUCCUAAAAGUGCAAGGCCUCGGUCAAAGAGGUCAAGGAACAGGAAAUUAUCCAGAAAAUCGAUGUCGAUUUUGAAAUCAAAGAAGACAAGUUUAAAUGAUGAUUUGAAAACUUCCAGGAAUACUUCACGGAGAAGACUCAGGAAUAACACAGCUAUUAGGAUUGAUAUACCCAAGAAGUUAGAUAAUAUUGAAGUUAAUAUUUUGACUCCAUCGAAAGCAACGAAGACAGGCAAUUUCGAGAAGAAAGAGCGGAACUUUUCAUCUCGGGAUAAUAGUUUUCUGAACCCAGGAGUAUUUGGUUCCUGAAAGCCAAAUCAAAAAGUUAAACCUAAUAAAAAAUCUCAAAAUUUUCUUUUGGUUCCCACCAAGAUUCCUCAAAGGAAUGUCAAACAUCAAAUAGGAAACUUUCAUGGUCUAGAAUCUCCUGAAUCAACAGGACUAGAAGGACUCUUAAUGGCUAAGAAAAAGAGCUUAUUAGCCUCUCGGAGAGGAAUUAACUUGAAGAACAUUAGUUUCCAGCCUCCCCCAGAUCGUUUUAAGUCCAAUUUUCAACCAAUUUCUCCAAUGCUUGAGAAAAUGACUAAGCUUGCAAACAAGAUAAAAUAGAAAAACUGAAAAAGAGAAUACUCAGCUUAAUGAAGUUAGAAAUAAUGUGGACAAGAACAAGAAUCUCUCGAAAACUUUCACUAAAUGGGAAGUGAAAUGCUUAACCUCUCCUAAUACAAGACUGGCGAAGAGAUUUGCUAAUACUGAAAUUUUUAAGGCGCGGAAGAAGCUGAAUUGCUUAAAAGCUUACAGAAAAGCCCAAAAAGAAAAACUUGCUUCUCUUAAGCAAGAGCUCGAGCUUCUCCAAUUACAAACCCAAUAUCAAAACCCAGCUUCAAAACCACUUGUAAAUUGGUACUCCCCUGGAUUUGGCCAAUCAAACUCAAAAUUACCCAGAGAUGCAAAAGACCAGCUAUUUCUUACCCAAACAGCUUGGACUUCAAAAAGUAAUUUCAAUACUCAAACAUUUUGGCCGAUUUUUGUAGCUGAUAAAUACAAAAAGUGAUAAAACCUGCUGAAAUUCUUAAAAUGUGUAUAGACUUAUGGUGAGAAUUAGAGAUUUUAAUCAGGUUUGCCAACUGAUGGCUCCUUAAGAUAUC